AUGAUUAAUUUAGCAUCUAGUUCAUUUGAUGGAAGUGUUAAAUUAUGGAAUCUUCAAAGUGAUGAACCUAUUGCUGAAAUUGAAGGUCGUGCCCCAUUUCAUGUAUCAAAAGUAAAAUUUCAUCCAUCUGGAAGAUUUUUAGCUACAGCUUGGUAAAUAAUAGCAAACGAAAUCAAUUUUCUCUUUAAUUAAAUAAAAAUUUCUUACUUAUAGUUACGAUCAUUCGUGACGUUU